AUGGCGCCGCAGGAAAGCAUCCCAACCUCAGCGACGGUGCUGGGAGCCAUAGGCACCGUCCUAUGGUGCAUCCAACUCCUCCCGCAAAUCUGGCACUCCUACCGCACGAAAUCCACCAAAGGCCUGCCCGAAGCCAUGAUGUUCCUCUGGAGUCUUUCCUCUUUGCCUUUCGGUGUCUACUCGAUCACGCAGAGGUUCAAUGUCGGGUUGCAGAUCCAGCCGCAGCUGUUCGGGCUGUUUUGUGGUGUUAGUUGGGGGCAGUGUCUCUACUACGGCCGCCGCUGGAAAGCAUGGAAAUGUAUCCUCGCUGUUACCGUGCUCUUGACGUUCGUAGCGGCGCUACAGAUCGUUUUUGUCUUCGUUAUCCGCGGACCUUACUCACGGGGAGUUUCGUGGCCGGUGAUGACGUUUGGGAUCAUUGCUUGCAUUACGCUGCUCUCCGGCUACGCGCCUAUACCCUUUGAGCUGAUGAAGAGGCGUGGGAGGGUGGUGGGCAUUGACUUCUGGUUCCUCUUGGUUGAUUCGUCGGGAGCGCUGUUCUCGUUGUUGUCGUUGGUCUUCCAGAACACGUUCGAUAUCGAAUUUGGAACGCUCUACGCAGUCUGUUGUACAGUGGAGUACGGAGUCUUCAUCUCACAUGGCGUCUGGCUCUUACGAACUCGAGAGCUCCGAAGAAGAGCGAAAGCAUUUGGUCAGUCCUUUGACGAUCUCCCAGAGGCUAGAGCAUGGCAAGAAGGAGGCUUCAAGUUGGAGGAAUGGAUGGGUCGAUGUUGCUUUGGACGUUCGAAACGUGACCAGGUGUUGGAUGAGGAAUUAGCUGUCGCAGAUGAGCAGAGCAUGGAGAGGGAUACAGUUGCAUAG